AUGACCAACUGCCACACUCCACCUCACCCUUCACACUUCCCACCUUUCCAUGACCAACUGCCACACUCCACCUCACCCUUCACACUUCCCACACUCCACCUCACCCUUCACACUUCCCACCUUUCCAUGACCAACUGCCACACUCCACCUCACCCUUCACACUUCCCACCUUUCCAUGACCAACUGCCUCACUCCACCUCACUCUUCACACUUCCCACACUCCACCUCACCCUUCACACUUCCCACACUCCACCUCACCCUUUACACUUCCCACCUUUCCAUGACCAACUGCCACACUCCACCUCACCCUUCACACUUCCCACACUCCACCUCACCCUUCACACUUCCCACACUCCACCUCACCCUUUACACUUCCCACCUUUCCAUGACCAACUGCCACACUCCACCUCACCCUUCACACUUCCCACACUCCACCUCACCCUUCACACUUCCCACCUUUCCAUGACCAACUGCCACACUCCACCUCACCCUUCACACUUCCCACCUUUCCAUGACCAACUGCCUCACUCCACCUCACUCUUCACACUUCCCACACUCCACCUCACCCUUCACACUUCCCACACUCCACCUCACCCUUUACACUUCCCACCUUUCCAUGACCAACUGCCACACUCCACCUCACUCUUCACACUUCCCACACUCCACCUCACCCUUUACACUUCCCACCUUUCCAUGACCAACUGCCUCACUCCACCUCACUCUUCACACUUCCCACACUCCACCUCACCCUUCACACUUCCCACACUCCACCUCACCCUUUACACUUCCCACCUUUCCAUGACCAACUGCCACACUCCACCUCACCCUUCACACUUCCCACACUCCACCUCACCCUUCACACUUCCCGCCUUUCCAUGA